UAUUUGUCGCUGGAGCGUUGGUCACACUGUUACGCGUUUUCGUAUUGAUUUUAUUUUCAGCAGUCUAAGACAAAUUUGUGGAGAAUAAUUUAAAGCCACCAGAUAGUUAUCUAAAUGCAAUUUAGUGAACAAAAAGGCCAGAAGUACAACUAUGGGAGACAAUGAGCAGAAGGCCCUUCAGCUUAUGGCUGAGGCGGAAAAGAAGUUGACACAACAAAAAGGUUUUCUCGGCUCACUUUUUGGUGGCUCUAAUAAGAUUGAAGAUGCCAUCGAGUGCUAUCAGCGCGCUGGAAAUAUGUUCAAAAUGUCAAAGAACUGGAGUAAAGCCGGUGAAUGCUUCUGUGAGGCAGCCACACUCCAUGGCCGAGCUGGCAGCCGCCACGAUGCAGGCACUUGCUACGUGGACGCUUCGAACUGCUACAAAAAGGUGGACGUGGAAAGCGCCGUUAACUGUUUGAUGAAAUCCAUAGAUAUUUACACCGAUAUGGGACGCUUUACAAUGGCAGCCAAGCAUCAUCAGAGCAUUGCUGAAAUGUAUGAAAGCGAUCCGACUACCCUGGCCAAAGCUAUUCAACACUACGAACAGGCUGCCGAUUAUUUUAAAGGUGAAGAGUCGGUUAGCUCGGCUAACAAGUGCAUGCUAAAGGUUGCCCAAUACGCAGCCCAGUUGGAGGAUUACGAAAAAGCAAUAUCGAUAUAUGAGCAGGUGGCUGCCUCAUCUCUUGAGAGUUCUUUGCUGAAAUACAGCGCCAAGGAGUAUUUCUUUCGCGCCGCUCUUUGUCACCUGAGCGUUGAUUUGUUGAAUGCGCAACACGCAAUCGAAAAGUAUGCGCAACAAUACCCGGCAUUCCAAGAUUCACGAGAGUUUAAACUUAUCAAGGUGCUAUGUGAGCACCUUGAGGAGCAGAACAUUGAGGGCUUUACAGAAGCAGUAAAGGACUAUGAUAGCAUCUCACGCUUGGAUCAAUGGUAUACAACAAUAUUGCUACGAAUUAAAAAGGCCGCAGAUGAGGAUCCCGACUUGCGAUAAGGUCUAUUAACGCAUAUAAAUACAAAUAUAUUAACGCAUAUAACUUCUAAAAUGCUUUUCAGUUAAAAAGAAAAAAGUAAUAUAUCUACGUAUAUACAAAUAAUGAAAUACACAAGAGAAAAAUUAA